GUCGCACAACCGACAUCGAUAUACUAUCCCUUGAUAGCGGCCAUAUUCAUCCAGUUGCUCCUGGACUUCUUCCGCCGGCUCGUCAAAGUUAUCCGAGAGAAACGUCGCUUGCGCCAGUUGCGAUCCGAUACGGGCGAUGCUGAAACUUCCUCGCUGGGCCCUCUGGAAGCGAGCUCCAGCACAGCCGGAUCUAGGCCGCCAGAAGACGGGAUCGGGAAAGCCGGCAAGCCACGAAUCAAGUCUCUCGACGCUUUCAGAGGAUUUUGUCUUUUCUUGAUGAUUUUCGUCAAUUAUGGUGGAGGCGGACUCUGGCUCUUCGAGCACAUUCCGUGGGACGGAUUGACGUUCGCCGAUUUGCUUUUCCCUUGGUUCGUGUGGAUCAUGGGCGUGUCGAUGGCGAUUUCACUGCGGAGCAUGCGUCGGAAAUGCGUGCCACUGUCCGAGAUCUUCUUCAAAAUUCUAUCCAGAUCGGUGAAACUGUUCCUCUUAGGUCUCAUCCUCAACAGCAUGGGCAAGAACAAUGACAUCUCGAAGCUCAGGAUACCCGGAGUUCUGCAGCGAUUCGCGGUCUCGUACUUUGUGGUUGCGAGCAUGCACAUGUUCUUCUCGAGGGCCACCGACGCUGCAGAGACGGCGAAGUGGGCGAAAAUUCGAGAUGUUGCUCUGUAUUGGCAAGAAUGGGUGAUGAUGAUCUCACUGGUUGCCAUUCAUGUGCUCUUGACUUUCCUCCUGGAUGUUCCCGAUUGUCCCAAGGGAUACCUGGGCCCCGGCGGGCUCCACGAGAAUGGUACCCAUUUCAAUUGCACGGGUGGAGCAGCCGGAUACAUCGAUCGGGUCGUCUUGGGUCCAAAUCACAUGUACGGGCAUCCUACGACGGAGAAAAUAUACGAGACGUCACAGCCUUUCGAUCCCGAAGGCGUUCUGGGUUGCUUGACGUCAAUUUUCCUGACAUUCCUCGGGCUCCAAGCUGGGAAAAUUCUGCUCACGUUCAACAAUCCAGGUCGCAGGCUAAGCCGCUGGAUUUGUUGGGGGGUUCUCCUUGGACUGCUGGCUGGCAUCCUGUGCGGAUUCAGCAAAGAGGACGGCUGGAUACCUAUAAACAAAAAUCUGUGGUCGCUGUCGUAUGUCUUAUGCACGGCCGGCCUGGCAUUCCUGCUGCUGAGCGUUUUCUACCUCAUCAUCGAUGUUCUUGCCCUAUGGUCCGCAGUGCCAUUCAUUUACCCUGGAAUGAACUCCAUCCUCGUUUACGUCGGCCACGCGCUUGUCACGGAUAUGCUGCCGUGGUUUUGGGCAGGUCCGGAGACUCAUUGGAGAUACAUGGCUAUGAAUCUCGGAGGAGCGUACAUAUGGGUACUCAUAGCUUAUGUCCUUCACGAGAAUCGUGUGUACUUGGCUCUAUGAGCGAACAAUCACAGAGUUCGAAGAGCCUGAA